UCUUGUUCGGCUUUUUCUUUUUGUGUUCUUGUGAGUCAUCCAGUUCAUUCAUUUAUUCAUGGCAUCAGACCACAUGAGUCGAUAACAGCCUCGUGGCCUCUCCAUUAACCCCUGCCGUUCCCUGGUUCCCUCCAGAUGAGUCGUGGCCCCUCCAGUCAGGAAGCAGCAGCGGAGAGCUCUCUGGAUCAGGAGAGGCCCAGGCCCAGGCCCUGUGGUGGGGACACCACCUGCAGGUGGCGCUGGUCAACACGGUGGCCUUCAGGGGCAUCUGGCAGAAGCAGUUUCUGUUCACCAACUCCCAGAACCUGCCCUUCAUCCUGUCUGAUGGGACUCCCAUCAAGAUGCCCAUGAAGUACCAGGCUGCAGAGGUCAGCUUUGGUCAGCUCAGGACGGGAUCGGAUCAGCGCUACACGGUUCUGGAGCUGCCGUUCCUGGGCCGCUCCCUGAGCCUGCAGGUGGUUCUACCCAGCGAGAGGAAGACGCUACAGUCCUCCCUGGAGGCUCAGCUCACACAGCGCCACCUAGCGUCCUGGGACACCGGCCUGCGCAGAACCAGGAUGGACAUCUUCCUCCCAAGAUUCAGAAUGCAGAACAAGUUCAACCUGAGGUCGGUGCUCCCCGCUAUGGGCAUCAGUGACGCCUUCAACCCCACAGCAGCCGACUUCACCGGGAUCUCAGGUCAGUCCAUCAGUUCAUAAACAUCCAGGAUGUCCUUCAGGUUUAAUCCCAGGUUCUUCAGGUAUCUGACAGUUUGUUCCUUCUGAAGUGGAGGAGGGUCUCUAUGUGUCUGAUGCCUUCCAUGAAGUCAGGAUAGAAGUCACGGAGGACGGGACCAAAGCAGCUGCUGCUACUGGUGAUAAUAUGAUAGAUAUUAAUAUAACAAAUAGAUAUUAAUCCUACUGUUGUCCUCAUUUACGGGCACCAAAAAAUAUUGUUUCCUUGUCUGAAAAAAGA